GCCGUCAGUGGCAAUUCUUCCGCUGCGUGGUGAGCGUUCCAAGCCUUCCGCGCCAAGGCCCGCUAGAUCGCGAUCGAGCUCAGCUACCGGUGUUUUCGGACUCCGAUAAAAUCUGAAGCAGUUUGUUUUGUUGUUUACCCGCCUCUUGCAAAACGACUUUCGCGGACGGGGAACAGUGGCAUAGUGAUCGGUAAAAAAAACUAGUGAUUAUCCUGAUUGAUUGGAUGAGCUUGUUGUCCUCGUGAGAUACAGGAUGGCAGCUUCGAUACUGAGUGUUAUGAAAGAUGUUACUGGUAAAAACGUGUUGGUUUCGGUUGUUGUGGUUUUUUUGUGUGUGGUAGCAAGGCCGCCGAUGACUGUAGCCAAAAUCCUGGAUAAUGAAUCUGAGAGUGCCGUCUACGAAAUCGAGGCUGUUCAGGGUGGGAUGGCGAAGCUCCCCUGUAACAUAACACCAACAGUGCCUGGAGAUAAGAUGCGUAUAGUCAUUUGGUUCAAAGAGGAGGCAAAUAAGAAGCGCGUUCCAAUAUACUCAUUCGACUCCAGGGACAAGGACUUGGAGGCAGGCAAACAUUGGGCUGAUGAUCUCCUUCUAGGGGGUCGUGCACACUUUCGCUAUCAGGAGGAGCCCGCCAAGCUGACACUGGACAACGUACGUGAAAGCGACGGCGGUGUGUACAGUUGCCGAGUUGACUUCAAGCAGUCGCCCACCCGAAUCGUGAAAAUCAACGUGUCAAUCAUAAUACCCCCAGAAAAAUUGAGUGUAUUAAACGAGAAUGGAGUUCACAUUCCCGACUAUAUUCUCGGACCCUACAACGAGGGCAGUGCCGUCAACAUCACCUGCGUGGCUACAGGAGGACGUCCCUUACCCAAUGUGACUUGGUGGCAAGAGAAUGCACUGCUCGAUGAUUCUUUCGAAAAAUUGCCCAACAGGCAAGUCCGGAACGUUCUACAUAUAGAGAAGCUCGAGAGGAAGCAUCUUCAUACCGUAUUCACCUGCCAAGCACUGAACAACAAUCUGGUCGCCCCAAUUUCUAGCUCUGUUACCCUCGACAUCAAUCUUAAACCUCUAUGGGUGAAGCUCAUCGGGGAAAAUAAGCCAUUAUCCGCCGACAACACUUACGAGCUCAGCUGUGAAGUGGUUGGCUCUAGACCUGUUCCAACCAUAACGUGGUGGAAGGGCAGCAUACAGAUGAAAAACACCAGGGAAACGACGAGCCCUGACCUGAACACCACAACCAGUGUUCUGACAUUCACCCCUACAGUAGAAGAUGCUGGUAAAUAUCUGUCUUGUCGAGGUCAGCAGUCAAUGAUACCUGAUAGCGGUACUGAGGACGGCUGGAAAUUGGAUAUACACCAUGUUCCUCUAGUAACUUUGGAACUUGGAAGCACUCUUAAUGGGAGCACCAUCAAGGAGGGAGUGGAUGUUUACUUCGAGUGUAAUAUAAAGUCGAAUCCUUGGGUCUACAAAGUUAGUUGGAGACAUAACGGCAAACAAAUUUACCACAAUGCACAGACGAACACAAUCGUAACCAAUCAAAGUCUGGUACUGCAAUCCCUCACAAGAUCCAAAGCUGGAUAUUACACCUGUGUUGGUCAUAACCAAGAAGGAGAUGGUGAAAGUAAUCCUGUUUUUCUGGACAUCAAAUAUGCCCCGGUUUGCAGACCAGGACAGCAGAAGAUCAUCGGCGUGGCCAGACACGAGACUGCAAGGAUCCUGUGCGAACUGGAGGCCAACCCUCCAGAAGUCCAAUUCGUAUGGAAAUUCAACAAUUCCGCCGGGACGGUGGAUAUUCCCCAGAAUCAGGUCCACACGGAGAAGACCAGAAGCACGGCGGCUUACAAGCCGGUUACCACUCUGGAUUACGGGACGUUGCUCUGCUGGGGAAAGAACGAGAUCGGUGUACAGACGGAGCCCUGUGUGUACUACAUCAAUCCCGCAGGCAAGCCGGAUCCCCUCUCGAACUGCACCAUCAUGAACCAGACGGCCGACUCCCUUUACGUGGAGUGCAUAGCCGGCUUCGAUGGCGGACUGCACCAGGAGUUCAUAAUGGAGGUGUACGACACCCAAACCCGCAAAUUGGUCAGCAACGUCACAUCCCGGACUCCGAUUUUCGCCGUAGGAGGCCUGGAGUCCGGCCUGGGCUUCAACAUCGGACUGUACGCCGCCAAUAAGAAGGGACGCAGCGGAGUGGUGCACCUACAAGCUUUCACACUCAAGUCCGCCGAGAAACACACAGCGGCCGAGCUGAAAAAGCCAAAUGCUCCGGAAAAUUGCACGGUGACAAUGCACACUCGUUACUCCGUCAGGAUCAGGUGCCAGGAGCAGAGCGGAUCAUCCAGAAAGGACUAUUUUACCUACGUCUUGCAGGUGUACGACGCAUACACCCGUCAUAUUAUUGGCACCACAACCUCCCAAGACCCGGACGACAUUAGCUACAGCGCUCUGCCUAAGGACCAUGAUGAUCUGUUGUUGUUCGUUAGGACCAUGGAUGCCAGGUCUAUAACGAGUGAUGCCUUUAUUGUCUAUGCGUCUUCUGCUGUUAAGACGGGGUUGACGGCAUCAACCCCUGUCCUGCUACAAAUCACCCCCUUGUUAGGGGCCCUAAUAGGAGUGGUGGCAGCAUUGAUUCUUGUUGCAGUCAUCAUCGUGAUAGUGAUCCGAAUCAGAGGAGGCGGUGAUAGAGACGACAAAGAUUACGACGAUGGAGGCCUAUCGAUGGCCGGCAGGAGGUCAUCCAGACAUGGGGAUAAGGCGAGCACGGAGCCCCUCAACAAAGACUUGAACGACAGCGUGGACAGUUUGGAGGAGAAGAACCCGGACAUAAUACCUCAAAGUAACGGCGAAGACGACUAUCAGGACGAGGAGAGGGCGUUCGAGAGGCUGAACAACGCACCUUCUAGGAUGGUGACCAGAAUACAGAGUCCCAACAGCCAGUCGAAGAACGGUUCGUACGACAAAUACAACAAAAAGAACGAAGAGAUAACUUACGCCGAGCUGUCCCUGACUAACCAACAGAUGCCCCACGUUAUUUACACGCAGCAGGCCAUUCCCAUGUCGGUGCUGCGAAGACAGGAGCCCACUGUGUAUGCCCAAUUGGAUAUGUCGAACAGGGUGCCCAUGUCCACGUUGCAGCCCCUCAGCCCGCCGCACCCCUCGACGUUUCAGACGCUGCACCACCCCGUGACACACCUGCCCCCUUACAUGCCGAGGAGCUUUAGGGAAGAUCAAUUGCAAGACGGGAAUAUGUCGUCAGAGGCGCCUCUGAUAAAUCCGAGGGAUACUAGUGCCCUUCAACCAUUACUAGAAGCAAAUAAUAGUAAGUCAUCGACGUUGUCCAGUCAACCAAGAAUUGUCACAGCUACUCGUUUUUGACCUAAUUAACUAGACGAGGAUUUAGUGUAUUUAUAAACUUUUUGUUAAUUAUGAACUUCAUUGUGAGUUUAAGGUACUACUAACUCGCAUAUAAUGUUUUUUAUAAAAACGAGUGUUGUCCAAUAACUUGAAUUCAAUUAAUCUACAAGGACUUCGAAUGUUUGUGAGUUAUUUCAAUUAAUCUCAACAUGUUCACGGAUGAUUUUGGAGAACCAAUAAGAGAAAAUUUCUUAUUAUUUAUAUUUCCAAUAUAAGCUCCAAGUGAUGAAAUGAAGUGGAACGAAUCAACAGAUUUUUAAAAUCCUCUGCAUUAUUUAGUUAAUUCGGAGACUCAAAUGAAUAUAAUGUAAAAAAAUAUUAUUAUGUACUAUAAAAUCCAUCUACGUGUUUUUUUCAGAAAAGUUGCAAUGAAAUAUUUUCAUUGUUUGAUUUGAUUUUUAUCUGAUAAAAAUACUGGGUGAUUAUUAAGAUAUUUUUCCCCAAAAAUAGAUCAUACUUUCUUCAUUAAAAAAAAUUUUUUUAUUAAAAUUCGUAUCAGUUCUUCUAUAAUUGGAGUUUAUUCGGCCUAUCUAAAAACUUCCGUCCAUACAGAAAAUUUGUAGGAAAAAUUUUAUAAUUUUAUCCAUUUCAACAUACUUUAACAUUUGGAAGAUAGUGAGAGGCCGUUAUUGAUUUUAAUGAACUUAAUGCUAAAGAAUAGCAUGAAAAUAGAUUUUAGUUUCAGAUUUGUUGAUCAUCAGAUAUGUAAAUAUGUAUAUAUUGCUCAAUAAUAAUUGAAAUAACAUAGUCAUGGACUUUUUUAUGAAUAAAAUAUAUUGUAUGUUAGAAUAUUAUAUAAUGAAUCUAAUUUCAAUUAUAAAAUACGAAUUAGCUUAGAAAAAAUCUUAUGAUGACUGAUUUCAGGUAAAUGAAAUAUUACUUCAUUCAGUGUAUAAUGAGCUUUUUUUAUUCCUGUAAUUAAUUAGUUCAACAAUAUCUUGAACGUUCUGUAUAUAUUGAUAUGAAGUGAAAUGAAUAUAAUUCGUUCUCUAGAUGUCUCCAAUCAUUUCAAUCCAAAUUGAUUCAAUUCGAAAUUUACAUUGAAAAUGUGCCACUGUGUUCAAAAAAUCAACAGAUCGAAUCAUAAUGUUCUACUCAAAAGAUUGAGUUAUUAUUUUAGUAAUCAUUACAGGGUGAAUAUCAUCUUAAUGUGCCAUAUAUGUCAAUAUAGUGUCCCUCUAAAAUGUUCUUGAAAAGUGAAUAAUUGAGUUUUCGAAAAUUUCGUCAUAAAAUGACAAUCAUUUGAUCAAAAAUAUAUAUAAUUUUUGGCAUGUAUUUAAUUUAUUGUCAACAAAUUUAAUUUAAAGUGAUAUUAUCAAUCAAAAUUGUCCGAAGGUCAAUUAACUAUUUUUUUUAAUAAAUUGUAUUGUUACUUCCUCAUACAAUCCUUCAUGAAAUUUAUAAGUGGCCUUGUUAAUUUGAUUUAAGUGAUAAAAUAGUUAUUCCAUAGUUGUAAUAAGAUUUAAAAAUGUGUAUAUAAAAAAAUGAAUGUUAUAUUAUGUAUGUCAAAUUAUUUAUCGUUCAUAAAAUUGUCAAAUAAAAAAAAUCAAUAAAUAGAGCAGCUAAU